UUCUUGCCCUGUCAGGGUUCUGGUCUCGGGGACCAGGCUGCUUUCAGGCAGCAGGGGGGCAGCGCGUCUGCCCCUGUUCAACCUUGUAAGGAUGAUUCCUCAAAAAAAAAAAACGGGGCGGCUCUUGGAGCCUGGGCCUGGCGUGCUGCCCCCGGCGGUGGAUGGGGCGUGGCAGCCUGCCUGUGUGCUGCAGCACCGCAAGCCGCGGCACCUGUGGACCUUUGAAGAGCGGGCGGCGUACGAUGCAGCAUCACCAGGGGACCGGGCGGGGGCGUGGCCUCGGGCGCCGUACUUCCUGGCGCCGGAGGCUGGGGUGGUGGUGCACCCGGAGCACUGCCGGAUUGCGGGUGUCAGCUUGGUGGACUACACGGUGCGGGACGUGCGGCGGGCCAUCACCGCGGCUAACCCGGCCGCACCUCCGGCUCCGGCCCGCCCCGCAGCCAUGCCGUGCCCGGCGCCAGCUCAGCAGGCGGGGGGUUCGGGGACCCAGCCGGCGGCACAGUCGCGGCUGGCGGAGCGGGAGGCGGAGUGGCAGCGUGCAGCGGCGCAGCUGACCACCACGGCGGCGCAGCACUUCAACAAUAACCCGGUGGCUCUGGACCCCUGGCUCCACCGCACCUCCGCGGCAGCUGGGCUGCAGAACACGCCGGCGAGAGAACUGCAGUCGUAUGCGUCCCCGUCCCAGCAGUCAGCUUAUGCGCAGGCGAGGACGUGGCUGCAGCAGCUGUGGGCCUGCGUUGCGCCCCAGGCAGCGGCGCUGCCAGUGAUGGACGCGGGCUUCAUGCUGGGGGACCGCAUGGGUAUGUGGGCCUCAGGCCCACGGGGGGCGGGCGCGCUGCUGUGGAGCACUUUGCGGGCCACCUUCUUGUACGCCGUCUGGUGUGCGUACUGGUCCCGCGAGCCUGCUAAGCAGACGUCGGAGCAUGUGGUUCGGGAGGUGGUCAGCGAGCUGCGCAGGGUGAUGCAGCUGCGUUUCACUGCCGCCACGCUAACCCCUGAAACCCUGUCGGCUCUGCCCACACAGCUUCUCACCGCACAGCUCAAGGCGGCUAAGCUGGAGCACUUUGUUGCCAUCUGGUCGGCGGGUGGCGCGCUUUGUGAAGUGGAGGAGGUUCAGGCUCUGGCUGGCGUCGCAGCGCCUGGGCGGCUGUGGGACUUCCUGCACAGCGCAUCUUGCAGCGGGCUGGAGCCCGCUUAGUCAGCGCGACAUCUGGCCUGUUUAGUUUUCUGCUUGUGUCUCCUCUGCUGGUUCUCCUGGGGUGUUGCUUAAGCAACCGACUUGUGGGGGUGGGGUGGGUUUGGGCGGGGCGAGUGCGUAGCGCUGGUGUUUUCUUUUCUGGCGCGCGGUGGUGGUGGUUCUUGCGGUUAAGCUGUGGUGUUGGUUGGUGCUUGGGUUAGGUCUGGCGGUGUUUU